AGCCUACAGGCAACAAGGCAGCCUCCGACUUUGCAAUCUUGCUUGCCACGUCGACAGAGCUCGAUGUGCACGCAGUGGCUUCCACCACCCUCUUGCUAUAAAAUCUGCCGCAACUGAUCGAUAUACCCCCGGUUGCUUUGGACCGCUCCUCGGUACACACGACCAUGGGUGACGUCGCCAGCGCCGGCUUGUUCGCCGAAUGCGCGAUUGCCUUUGUGCCGAGCAGCACACUGGCACCCAAACUUAUCUCUGACCUGUCGCUCAUCCUCGAGGAGAAUGGCGCAACGAUCCGCGAGCCGCGACGCGACGGCUCGAUCCCCAUCGAGCGGGUCACGCACGUCGUUUCCAAUACCAUCGACUUCCCGCAAUAUGUCGAGUCCCAGGCGGUCAUGAUCCCUGUGGUCACGAUGCAGUGGAUUACACAAUCGGUCGCGCGGCGGCGGCUCGCCCAAGUGCGACCGUACUCGCCCGACCCGCGCAUGAUAUUCGCAGAGGUGGUGGUGACGUGCGCCGGCCUCCCCGUCAUGGACAAGGAGAGCAUCCUGGGCGCCGUCAUGGCGCUCGGCGGACAGGAGUCCAAGGACCCAAGCCGGUUGACGACGCACAUUUGCGCGCUGACCACGGACGAUCCUAAAGUCCAAGCCGCCACAGGGAGGGGAUUCAAAGGCAAGGUGGUUUUGCCACAUUGGUUUGAUGCGUGCUUCAAGCUUGGCAAGCGCAUCGACGAAGCUCCGUACCUCCUACCGGAUCCUGAUAUCCUCAAGAUGAACCCGGAAGACGAGCUCGACAUCCCUGUGAACGACGCCCUCGAUGGUGCCACGUCGGUAAACCCGCAGUGGACGCCGCUGCCCGAAAACGAAGAAGGCCAGCGUGCACCCUGCACCGUCUUUCAGGAUCGCAAGGUCCUCUUGGCCAAGGACCUGGGCAUCAAUGCCCGUCUCACCAAGACACUCAGGGAGAUUAUCGACAACGGCGGUGGCAGAGUCGUUCAAGAGGUUAACGAUUGCGACAUGUUCAUCUGCCAGUAUCGUCAUGGCGCUCAGUAUGUGCAAGCCUCCCAGUCCUGCAAGGAGGUUGGCAGCUUGUCUUGGCUCUUCUACCUGAUCGUCCACAACGAGUGGCGCAACCCGCUACACCGACUGUUACACUAUCCCAUUCCUAAAGACGGCAUCGAGGGAUUCAAGGACCUGCGCAUCACUGUGUCCAAUUACGGCGGCGAGGCGCGCAUCUACCUGGAGAAUCUCAUCCGAGCCUGCGGCGCCGAAUUCACCAAGACGAUGAAACAGGACAACACUCAUUUGAUUACGGCACGGAACUCGAGUGAAAAGUGCAAGGCCGCUCCCGAAUGGGGUGUCGCCGUCGUCAAUCACCUCUGGAUCGAGGAGAGCUACGCCAAGUGCGAGAAACGCAACAUCAACAUAGCCAAGUACAACCACUUCCCGCACCGAACGAAUCUAGGCGAGAUUAUCGGUCAAACCUUUCUUGAGGAGUCGAGACUGCGGGACAUGUAUUAUCCCGGCGGCGAAGAGUCCAUGUCGCCGCGAGCCAAGCGGAAACGCAAAAUCCUCGAGGCCGCCGAAGAUAAUGCCUACCACAGAGGCCCUGCAGAGGGCGUCACCAUCGGCCAGCACGACCAGGAGCGCAACUUUGACGUGAUGCGGGACGUGGAUGACAAGAACACAAAGUCCGAGGUCGGCAGCUCCGUCAAGACUCCGGCAAGAUCGCGACACCUGACGUCCGGGAAGGAGAACGACAGCCCUAGCGUCUCCGGAAGCCGCAGCGCCAAGGCCAAAGCGCGGGACUUGCUGCAGCACAUCGCACCGGAUAUUGCACUGUACGAAAAGGAAAAGAAGCGGCACGGCAAGUCGGGCGCGCCGUGGGGAGGCAAGCGGGCGGCGGAUCAGGCCGAGAAGGACAAGGCGGGCAAGACGGCGAGGAACGAUGAGGACGACGAUGAAGAAGCCAAGCGACCGACCAAGAGGUCUCGGCCAUCGCUCCCCGAGGUCGAGAUGCGCAUCGUCGUGACCGGCUUUAAGCGAUGGGUAGGCGACAGGAGCAAAGAGGACCAAGACCGGAGAAAACUUCGUGACAUGGGUAUACAGAUUGUACAGCAGGGCCAACCUUGCGACUUUGUCGCGGCGCCGUGCGUCAUGCGGACCGUUAAAUUCUUGUGCGCGCUGUCGCGGGGCGCACGAGUGCUGUCUACGGAUUAUAUCGAGGCGGCGAUCGACUCCGGGGAGAUGCCGUCUUCGGACGACUUCCUUUUGAAGGACCCCGCGGCGGAGAAGAAGUACGACAUGAAGCUCGAGAGAUCGUCCUCGAGGGCCAAAUCGAACAAGGGAAGGCUGCUUCAGGGCAUCCCCAUCUAUUGCACCGAGAAGAUCCGCAACGGGCCCGACAGCUACCGCUCCAUCGCCGAAGUCAACGGAGCCAUCUUCAAGAUAUACCGCGCACGGAGCGGCACGACCAUCAAGCCCACGACGGCGGAGGAGGAUGGUGGUGCGCCGCCCGAACCCGUGUACCUCCUGAGCGGCAAUACGCCCGAGGAGAAGCAAGUCUGGUCCAGGUUCAUCGAGAUGGCGGAGAGCGGUCAUAUGGAGCCCCGAAUCGUGGCGCCGGACUGGCUCCUGGACGUGGCCAUGGCGCAGCAGGUGCGAUACGACGAGAAAUACCUGGUGGAGAACUCCCCCGCCAAGUAG